AUGGCGGUUGAUCCAAAAUCGCAUUCAAGUACGAGUAUAGAGGACUUUGUGUUUGUCAAGCCAAUCAGCAGAGGAGCUUUUGGUAAAGUUUUUUUAGGCUACAGGAAAGACAACCCUGAAAAGCAUUAUGCUAUUAAAGUUAUGAAGAAAUGUGACAUGGUAAACAAAAACAUGGUCGGUCAAGUUUUAGCUGAAAGGGAUGCCAUGGCAGUAACCAAGAGUCCUUUCAUUGUCCAGUUGUUCUACUCCCUCCAUUGUCAGCAGAAUAUCUUCCUGAUUAUGGAGUAUAUGAUUGGUGGCGAUGUUAAAAGCCUUCUGGUAGUCUAUGGUUUCUUUGAUGAAGAUAUGGCACUGAUAUAUGCUGCAGAGGUGACGUUAGCUCUCCAGUAUCUACACUCCAGAGGCAUUGUCCACAGAGACCUGAAGCCUGACAACAUGUUGAUAUCACCAGAGGGCCAUAUCAAACUGACAGACUUUGGAUUAUCAAAAAUCCAGUUUGAAGUGGGGUCCUGUAAACAGCAGUUGGAACAGGGAAAGACUCCCCUUCCCUAUAGCAGUCAUAGGAUUGAUUGUUUCCGCACACCUGGUCAGAUUCUCUCCUUCAAGAGUAACCUUGGAUUUAAUAUUUUGUCAGCCAAAAAGAAGUCACAAACCAAUGUUGACUUCAUGGAUACUCCUGCCUCCAGACGUAAGAGUAUGUCUCGAAGUCCACUAGUGUCCCUCAACACAAACUCUCCAAAUAUACAUGGUGCCAAACCAAUGUCCCUUAGAGAUCGCCUGGUGAGUCAGGCAACCAAGGCACGCUUGUCAUCACCAGGGAUAUCUCAUCCUCCACCAGUGAUGAGCUUAACACCAACCCUCCAAGACUCAUUAAACUGGUCCAACAGUGGUAGUGAAGGGAGUUCCUUCUACAGGGAAUCUUCACGCCGUUCCAGUCUGUUCAGUGAGGAUACUCUCAGCACACAUAAUAUAAUGUCAAUGGCUGAGAAACGCAGAAUGUCAAAUUUUAGAAAUCUCAAAAUCAGUGAAAUACAAAGGGAAGGUUGUUUUGCUCUGAGAGGUAUUCACAGUACAGGGGUGGUGAGUGAGGAAGGAGAUACCAGUAGUAUUUUCGAAAGCAGCAUGAGUAUUGAAAUGUCAUCCGAUAAGAGUUCAGAUUCAGUCUUCUACAAAAAGUGUCAUGAUGGGGAAGGAAAUUGUUGUGAGGAGGAUGGUUGUGACAGUCAUCUAAAAGCUCCAUCAAGACAGGAGAGCAUAAUGGAUGACACUCCACAGAUGCAUAGAUCUAACGAAUCAGUGUGGAACUCGUACGCAGCAAGAAAUCUUCGUUCUAUGCGACAUGGAUCAUAUUCUGAGGAUAGUGAUGAAAAUGAGGAACCGCGACAGAGAGGUGCUGAAAUUAGAAAAAGGUCCAGCUGUGAUAAAAGUAGAAAGGAAAGUGAUGAUAAUUCCAAAAAUUUGUGCCAAUUUCCGGGACGAAGUCGCGAGAGACGGGUGUACAGCUAUCAUUCUGAUGAAGAGAUGGACCAUAUGCAUACUAGUGAAAAAAAACGAUGUAGCAGUGAAGGACGAAACAGGAAAAGACAAUUUGACUUAGUAGCUAGAAGUCCUUUGACAAAGAAAGUGUACAAUGGUACAGGCAUCACACAAGAGAUCUGCCUGAUGAAACUGUAUGGAGAUGAGCAUCGUAUCAAGAGGAGUAAUUCAGAGAAAUUAAACCGGGAGUUAGACAGUUAUAAUCUCUGUCACAAGCAAUACAACACAGACAAUUACCGCGACUUUGUUGAUUUAACAUCAGAAAAUAUCAAGUCAGAUGCAUGUGCAAGUUUAUGUAAAGAGAAAAACUUACCUGAAAGAGUUCCAACAAGAUCUUCCUGUUGUCGAAGACUUUCUGGCAAGCUUCGUUUAGAACAGCUUAGACAGGAUCAAAACAGUUCUCUGAAAAGAACUACAGGAGAUGAUAGUGCCCUACUACAGUCAUCACCAGAUGUCAGCAUGUCAAAUACAGAGGAUAAAUGUGAAAUGGCAGAAAAAUCCGAGAACAUUUCACGAGUUGAGUCUAGCAUAGUGUGUAACUCGCUAAGAAGUAUGGACCGUUCUGUUGAAAAGUGUUCACCACCUAACAACAUUUCAAGCAAGGAGAUCAGAUUAGACCAAGAACCAGAUACCGAUGAAGACAGAGAGUCUGAUACAUCAUCAAGUGAUUCUGGUACAUCAAUGGAAGCAGACAGUACAUCCCCUUCAAAAAGAAGUCCUACCAAAGCCACAAGAUUCCAAAGUCCAAAGCGUACAAGUUCUACAUCCAGUCAGAGUCUGAUACCACAGACCCCUGAUCCAUCUUCUUACAAAAAGGAUCCUAUCCUACAGACACCAGUCAUUCAUCGUCCAUCAAGACCCACACAGUCACUACACGCCCACUUUGCCCCAGCUUUGUGUGAGACACCUGUGGCUCAAAUAUCACAACAAGUGUUUCCUUCAGUCACCCCAGGGUUUAGCAGAACACCAGCAAGGAAUCUCAUGAAAACUCCCUUUAAAACACCAAAGAGUGUGAGGAGGGGACAGAAACCUAACACAGACGAUGAACGUAUACUUGGUACCCCUGACUAUUUAGCUCCAGAAAUUCUAGGACAAAAAACACAUGGGUCUGCUGUUGACUGGUGGGCGCUUGGAGUGUGUCUGUUUGAAUUUCUCACUGGUGUGCCUCCCUUCAAUGAUCAGACUCCAGAUCUGGUCUUCCAAAACAUACUCAACAGAGAUAUUCCAUGGCCUGAUGGAGAGGAAGCUUUGUCUGACAAUGCCCAGAAUGUAAUUGAUGAGCUCCUAACAAUGGAUCCUGACCUUCGACCCUCUGCUAAAGAUGUGAAGGCCAUGCCAUUCUUUGCUGAAGUGGAUUGGAACAAUCUGCUGGAUAUCACUCCCCCAUUUAUACCACAGCCUGACGAUGAAGAAGACACUAUCUACUUUCAAGCUAAAAACAACAUGCAGGAGCUACUGGUGUCGGGCGUGGACUUUGUCUUGUGA